AUGGCCCGUCCCGGAAAAUUUGAGGGCAUGGAUGGUUCUGCGAAGUGUAUUAUUAAUUCAUUCGACAUUAAUGAGGUAUCACAACAUUUAGCUCAGUUGUGCGAUACAGCCAUAGGCGCAGAAGAUCGAGCUUCGAAGGCUAAUCAGGAAGAAAUCAUGUGCUGGUCUCUUUAUGGUAGGGAUUUUGAAUUUCAAGUUGAACCUUGA